AUGAUUGUCAGUCUGCUCUGCAUGGUAUUGACAAUACAGUUUAUAGAAAUUGAAUGCACGGAGCAUCUGCCGCUCUUGGUUAAAAUAGGACGUUGUCAAUAUGAAAGUAGGUGGCGAGCGGGGAGCAGGGUGCGGGGAGCAGGGUGCGGAGAGCAGGAUGCGGGGAGCAGGGAGCAGGGUGCGGGGAGCAGGGAGCAGGGUGCGGGGAGCAGGGAGCAGGAUGCGGGGAGCAGGGAGCAGGGUGUGGGGAGCAGGGUGCGGGGAGCAGGAGAGGUGACUUGCGAGGCGCUCGCCGAGGCCGAGCUCCGCUGGGACGUUAUUGCUUUAAUUAGGGCGGGGGCGGGGGCGGGGCCGGGGCCUGUGCCGGGGGCGGGGGCGGGCGGCGCUAAUCACAACCAGGGCGCGGCCGGGGCGAGUCGCGCCAGAGACCUCGCCGCUCAGGGCAAUAAAUGCAUUCUCACCGUCAGUGAACAUUUAGACGACGAGGAAGUUAGUUCCUGCGCCUGGCUCGGUCCGGGCUGCGCGGGCGCACAGGACGUUGCAGUACCCGAUAUAAAAUAUCGUUCAUAUACAUAA